AUGGUGUUGGGGGUGGGGUAUUUUGUGGAGGGGAGGGUUUAUUGGAUUAUGUGGGUUGUGGGGGAUUGUUGUGGGUGUUGGGAGGGGGGGUUUGAGGGGGAGAGGGGUGUUGGGGGGGUGGUUGAUUUGGAAUUGAAUUGGGGGGGUGGUUGUUUGGGUUGUUGUUGUGUUUUGGUUGGGUGGGGGAGGGGGGAGGGGGGGGGGUGGGGAUUGGGGGGUAGGGUGAGUGGUGUAGUUUUUGUGGGGGAGGGUUGGGGGGGUGGGUUGGGUGUGUGGUUGUAG